GCGACUAGCUAACUUGUUGGAUCGCGAAGAGCGGGGGCAAAGAUUUAAAAUCUGGGGGGAUAUUCACGUCCUCAAGCGCACUUAAAGGCAGAACAUUUUUCAAAUUGGAAGUGACGGGCCGUGUUCGGAGUUCGCUUCUUUUGCCCCAAUCCAUCCCCAACACUGGAUAUAUGCGAGAGCCAAGUGAGAGGAGUCGCUUCAUAGAAAACAAGCCAGGAUGAGGUACUCAUUUCAUCCGCUCCUUCUUGUUCUGCUGCAAUGCCUUCUGCACACGAUCAGUUCCCAUGAGAAUCGGUUAGGAGGAAGACUGGAACUCUUGGAAUUACAAGACAAGGCAACCGGUCCAACAUUUGCUAAUAAUUUGGCUAUUCCGCAGAGAGUAAAUCCUUUGCGGCUGUUUGUGAAGGAGAUUCCAAAGGCGAAAUUGGACAUCACUCAUACCCCACGGAUAAAAAUUUCUGAUGACUUAUGGGCAUGGUUAAACAACCUAACAGAUAGUCGAGAAUCUCAUUCACGGACCAAACGCAGACCCAUUGUUAAAACAGGAAAGUUCAAAAAAAUGUUCGGCUGGGGUGACUUCCAUUCUAACAUCAAAACUGUUAAACUGAAUCUUCUCAUUACUGGGAAGAUAGUUGACCAUGGGAAUGGGACUUUCAGUGUGUACUUCAGGCACAACUCAACUGGUCUCGGCAAUGUGUCUGUAAGCCUGGUUCCACCAUCCAAGGUUGUGGAAUUUGACUUCUCUCAGCAGUCAACGCUGGAAACCAAGGAGUCCAAAACAUUCAACUGUCGAAUCGAGUAUGAGAAAACAGACAGGGCAAAGAAGACUGCGCUGUGUAAUUAUGAUCCUUCAAAGAUAUGUUAUCAGGAGCAGACCCAAAGUCAUGUUUCUUGGUUGUGUUCCAAACCAUUCAAGGUUAUAUGCAUAUAUAUAGCUUUCUACAGUGUAGACUAUAAACUUGUGCAAAAAGUUUGUCCUGAUUACAAUUAUCACAGUGAAACCCCUUAUUAUUCAUCUGGUUAA